AUGCUCGGCACAUGCCAGGCCUUGCGCCGAGCGGAUUCAUGGCGCGUGCCGUUCCUUCCCUUUGCCCUCCAUUCCCUCACCCCGCCAUCCCCUCUCUCUGCCCUCCCUUCCUUCGCUCUGCCCUGCCAAAUCCCCUCUCUGUCAUCCCCUCGAUGUGCCCUCCCUUCCUUCACUUUGCCCGCCAUUCCCUCACCCCGCCAUUCCCGCUCUCUGCCUGACGUUCCUUCGUUCUGCCCUGUCAUUCCCCCUCUCUGUGCCCUCCUUUCCUUCCGGAAACUCGCUGCUCCUGCUCAUGUUUUCAUGCCCCACACUCUCCCCGCCCCACCCUCUCCCUAUCCGCCCCACCCUCUCCCUAUCUGCCCAACUCUCUCCCUAUCCGCCCCACCCUCUCCCUAUCCGCCCCACCCUCUCCCUAUCCGCCCCACCCUCUCCCUAUCCGCCCCACCCUCUCCCUAUCCGCCGCACCCUCUUCCUUUUUUCUAA